AUGACUGAGUGUAGUGUGGAAAUUGUAACUGAGAUCCUGGUUUGGCCUUUUUACAAAUCUGGUUAUGAUGGUGUAUGUAAGAACCGCUGCUAUUGUUAUCGUUUAUGGGGACUCACGGCAGGAUGCUAUUACAAACUUAAAAUGAAAACCGUAUGCACCGGUUCAAAAGCUUCACGUAUUACAGAAUUUGCCUCGGUGAGAAUUGAGGGAGCACAACAAAAGGAUCUGAAACCAAUUACCCGAGGGGGUCUGGUCUACAUACUGCAGAUGUCUGGACUGUUAGGAUAUAGGAGUCUUCCACCUAAGGCAAAGAAUUUGGUAGUUGCUGGGGGUUUGACAGCUUUUGUCUUUGGUGCCUACUUCUACACCAUGAGGGCUGUUGGAGGGACUGAUGAACUGCAGGUGGCAAUUGAUAAGUUUGAAGCUGACAAGAGCAAGAACGAGGAUGAUGCCAACAUGCCAUCAUAG